AUGGGUUUUCCGGCCACACGACCAUUAGUAAGAACACGGGUUAGCGCAAGCAAAUCGCUUCGUCGAGAGACCAGAUCUAUCUUGUUGAUCACUAGAGAUGAAGGUAAAUGCGAAUACCGAUGGAGAAGGUGUAAUACACGAUGCUGAAUGUAGUCUCCAGUUGCGGUUGCGUCCUGGACUACAAGGAUGUGCUCUGCUUUCUGUAACGCCGUUUCUGGUUCUGAUACAAUACGGUCCUGCUUCCUUGCCAUAACCUCUCUAGCAUGGCGAAGACCUACAGUUCCAGGAGUAUCCAGUAAGAACAACUGUACAUCAUCUUCCGUUAAAACAGCAUCAAUGUUCUGUGUCGUGGUGUCCAUCUUACUGCUUACGGAAGAAACUGAAGCUCGAACAAGCUGAUUCGUGAGUAACGACUUUCCCACAUUUGGAGCACCAAUUACGGCGACAUCAAGGCCACGUGUUGUAGAUGUGUAG